AUGGGUGUCGUGCUCGAUAACGUGCGCAACCGGGACACUUCCCACGUCGGCGCCGCCGUGCUCUCUGGGCCGGAUCCCGCGCUGGAUGCCACUGACGAGAAGACUCCUCCCAGCGCUCACGCUGCCUCCAGCGACUCGGACAACGCCAGUCUCGAGGCCCGGAACGAAAAGGAAGUCCUCGAAAACCCAGACAAAGUGACUUCUUAUGCCGAAGCCGGUGUUCAAAAGGCCGAGGCUACCGCCCUUGUCUGGAGCCGGAAGGCCGUUUACGCGACCUAUGGUUGGAUCUGGGUCUGUUUCUUCAUGCUAGCCUUUCAGUCAGCCAUAGGCAACGUCUUGAUUUUCACCGCAUAUGCCGACUUUCAGAGUGCCCCCGCCGUCGCCACCGCUAAUAUUCUGGCGACCAUUAUCGGCGGCGUGCUGAAGCUGCCUAUUGCCAAGGUCCUCAAUCUAUGGGGUCGCAGCGAAGGAUUGAUCAUCUCUCUCAUUGUCUAUAUUCUCGGCAUCAUUAUCCUGGCCGCUUGCAAUGGGCCCGAUAGCUACGCUGCUGGCUACGUCCUUUACUGGAUUGGCUACGAUGCCCUCUACGUCAUCCUCGAUGUAUUCAUUGCCGAUACCUCGGGCAUGCGCAACCGUGCCUUUGCCUUUGGUUUUGUCAGCACCCCCUUCAUUUGCACCGCCUUCACUGGGUCCUUGGCUGCCACGUCUUUUAUCAAGACCAGCGGCUGGAGAUGGGGCUAUGGCGCCUUCGCCAUCAUUAUGCCUUGCGUUUUCCUUCCGCUCGCCAUUGUUUUCAAAUUCUACCAGCGAAAGGCCAAGAAGCUGGGUAUCUACAAAGAAAAUCCCACAAAUAGGACCAUCACCGAGUCUAUUGUUUAUUACUUCCAUGAAUUUGACGUCAUCGGUCUCUUUUUGCUCAUGUCGGCCUUUAUUAUUUUCUUGCUUCCGUUUAGUCUGCAGUCCAAUCAACGAAUCACCUACGAUAGCGCCGCUUUCAUCUGUAUGAUCAUCAUCGGAUUCCUUCUUUUCCCCGUCUUUGCUGCCUGGGAGCGAUAUGGUGCGCGCAAGCAGUUUAUUCAGUGGGACUUGCUCAAAAAUCGUACCGUGCUGGGUGCUUGCCUGUGCGCUGCCUGCUUGAACUUUGGCUUUGGCUGCUGGGACCUGAACUACUACUAUUUCGUCAUAGUUGCCUACAAUCUGAGCCUUACCAACACCGGUUACAUGACCCAAAUCUACAACGUCGGAUCGUGCUUCUGGUCGCCUAUUUUCGGUAUCCUGGUGCGUUAUACCAAGCAGUUCAAAUACAUUUGCCUCUUCUUCGGCAUUCCACUUGAACUGCUCGGUGCUGGCCUGAUGAUCCACUUCCGUGGUCAAGAGGGUUCCAUUGGCUAUUUGAUCAUGUGUCAGAUCUUUAUCGCAUUUGCUGGGGGUACGCUGGUCAUUGGCAACGACAUGGCGGUCAUGGCCGCCUCUGACCGGAUAAACGUGCCGAUGAUGCUUUCCCUCAUCUUUAUGUUCAGUAGUCUCGGCAGUUCGAUCGGAAGUGCCGUCGGAACCGCCAUCUACAGCAACACCUUCCCCCAGGCUCUUGCCUCGGCGCUGCCCGAGUCGCUAAAGGGUAACGCGCUCGCCAUCUCCAACGGUGGUUAUCUGGCGCAGCUCGCAUACCCCGUCGGUACACCAACGCGUGACGCGAUAAACUAUGCCUGGGGCUACAGUCAAAGAUACAACUCGUUGGCUGCUCUCUGUAUUUCCCUCUUGAUCAUUCCGGCUGUGGCGAUCUGGAAGAAUUACAGAGUUGACAAAAAGCAGAACAAGGGUGUCAUGAUAUAA